CUCCAUUUCUUCGUCUCCUCUCCACCCAUCCCCAUCUCUCUCUCUCUCUCGCUCUCGCUCUCGCCGCGGAGCUUGGAGGUUUGGGUGAGAUCGGAGCAGCGAAGCGGAGGCAGCCGCAGCCAUGGCGUUGGCCGCUCGCCUCGUCUCCCGCUCCCGGCAGCUAUACUCUGCUCAAGCUGCCUUGGCAAAUGGAGGUGCCACUCAAGUCCGCUUGUAUGCCAAGGAGGCAGAUCGUACUCCCGUCAAUGGUGAUGACCUAUUGAAGGGCAUAUUUUUUGAGGUAAAGAAGAAAUUUGAGACUGCCCUUGGUGUACUUAAGAAGGAAAAGAUCACUAUUGAUCCAGAUGAUCCUGCAGCAGUUUCUCGUUAUGCCCAAGUCAUGAAGACUGUAAGACAAAAGGCAGAUCUUCUAUCCGACUCUGAGAGGAUUAAAUAUACCAUCGACACCUUUACAAAGGGCAUCCCUGAUGCACGGACUUACUUGAAUACUCUUCAGGAGAUCAGGAUAAAGAGUGGCCUUAUAGAUGAUAUGGGUGCUGAGGCUAUGAUGAUGGAAGCCCUUGAGAAAGUUGAGAAGGAGAUUAAGAAGCCACUUCUGAGGAGUGACAAGAAGAAUAUGGGUCUCCUCUUGGCAGAGUUUGAGAAGAUAAACAAAAAGCUUGGAAUCCGCAAGGAGGAUCUUCCCAAGAUUGAGGAAGAGCUUGAAUUGGAAAUUGCCAAAAGUGAGCUGACGGAGCUUAAGAAGGAAUGUGUUGAAGCAAUGGAGGUUCAACUAAAGAGGGAGGAGUUCAAAGACGAGGAGAUGCCUGAUGUCAAGAAGUUGGACAUCAGAAACUUCCUGUAGGCCAUAAAUCUCUCAAGGCAUUUUGAAAUGCUCGGACACUCCAUAAUGGUUUUCUUUUCCAGUGACAGCCGGCGCUGUAAGCAUACCAAUGAAUGUUAUUCUUGCUUUUUGUAAUAAAAACUGCACCGAAGUACAAAGACAAGUCAACGGUUGAGUUGGAUUGCUUGUUACCUUCCUGCGUGGAGAAUUUUGUUUUUUGUAUUGGCAAUGUGAACGCCAAGCAGCUUACUGUCUCCCUGAUGAUGCACCUGUGUUGGUUUCUCUGAUGAUAUGGACACACCAGGUUGAGGCUUAGGCAAUGGUUUACUGUUUUCGAUUACAUUUUGAUUA